CUGUAUAGUGUAUAAGUAUAACUGAUUUGACUAUAAUCUGAGCCGACAAGGCACAUCUGUUAGCUUUAAGAUUUAUUUCGAAUAAUAGAUGACGUUGGGUGAAAUAGCCAAGUGCAAGGCAUUUCUUUAAGUGGAAAUAAAGGAUGAGCACAGAUAGGAUAUCAUGGAGUCACAAACCAAAGAUGAAGUAUCAGAGGUAAUUGAAUACCUUCACUUGAGUCCUCGACUUCAGAGGGGCUCUGUUGGGCCCCAGCAUGGGAAAGGAGUAGAAGAAAAAAACUCCUUAUCAUGGGUAGAUGCUGGGCCUCAAAAUUCAAUACUGAGGACCCACCAGUAUCAGUCUUAUCCCAAUCUGUCAGUAAAUGUUCCCGUGCUCAAUGUUCCGGUGAUGUGUCAAAGCAAUGCUGCAUUAUCAAAGGUUUUUAACUUCAACCCAUCCUUCCUGAACUAUUACUACAAUGCCAAUACCAGCACCCCAGCUGUCAGUCCUACUUAUCAAGCUAAUAUUCCAGUGUCACCAAAUUAUUUAACUCCUGGCUUACCGCAGUUGCCAUCAUCUCCUGGUUUCCUGACAGCAGCUGGUUAUUAUGCUGGCUUUUCUCUACUUGGAGGACCCAGGCUGCCUGGCUCCCCAUUGCCACCACUUGGCCAAGCUUUCAUGCCACUUCAUGCAGCUGCUUUGCGAGGUGAUAAACAGAAACUUGCUGAAUUACUUCAAGAAAAGAACAUUAACCUCGAGAUACGUGAUCGCUGGGGUCGUGUUCCUCUUGUGUAUGCAGUACUGGGUAACAAUCAAGAAGGAAUGGACCAAUUGCUGCGUGCUGGGGCUCGGCCAGAUGCUGUUGAUUCACACAAAUGUACUCCACUACACUUUGCUGGAUAUAAGGGUUACUUAGGGUGUAUUAAGGCCAUCUUACAUGCAGUAGAAAGCCGAGGACUCCCUCUCAUUGAUAAUCAAGGUGGGCUGUGGUUGGCCCAAGAUUUGCGAGGCGUGACACCUCUUCACCAUGCAGCACAUCACAGCAACAGCAAAGGCCUUCAUGCCUUAUUGAAAUAUGCUGCACCAGGAACCUUGGACACUGUUGAUCACAAAAAGAGGACCCCAUUACACUGGGCAGCUGCAUAUGGCUCAGAGGAAAAUGUUCGACUGCUGAUAAAGCAUGGGGCAAACAACCUUAUGCCAGACCAGGAAGGAAAAACACCCCUCCAUUGGGCUGCUAUAAGCAAGGCUGAAAGUGCGACAGCAUGUGUUCGUACACUAAUAGGUGCAGCUCCUUCAAGCGUGAACUGGCAAGACUAUGAUGGGAUAACUGCCUUGCAUUUAGCAGUUGCUGAAGCAAGAAAGGAUAUAGUCGAUGUUAUACUCUCUGUACCAAAAUGCAAUGUAGAUUUAACAGACAAUCAUUUCAGGACAGCCCUACACUGGGCUUGCAACAGAGGACUGACAGCAAUAGUUAGCCGAUUGUUAGAACGAGGAGCUCAUUUAGGUGCAGUUGAUGUUUAUGGAGCAACUCCACUGCAUUAUGCUGCACAGCUUGAUCAUGCUGAUACAGUGGAACUGUUGGUUAGGCGACCAUGUGUCCGGGAUAAUCCAUCAAAAGAAGGUCACACAGCCAUGUUGUGGGCAGCAGCACGCGGUGCUGAUUCAGCCCUCACAGUAAUGGCAAGACAUGGAUCAUCCUUAACUCAGGCUGAUCCAGGAGGAUGCACUGCCCUGCACAUUGCAGCAGGAUCAGGUCACGUCUCCACUGUUGGUGUCCUACUGCGCCUACGUGCACCGAUUGACAUAUGUGCUAAUGAUGGCUGCACACCUUUGCUUCAUGCUGCACAAGGGGGCCAUGCCCACAUUGUUAAAUUAUUAGCAAAAGCUGGAGCAUCUCUUGAUCAUCGUGACAGCGAAGGUCAAUGUGCUCUGCACCAUGCAGUCCUUGGUGGACACCUCUACUUGGCCCAAAUUCUCAUAAGAGCAGGUACAUCUGUAAAUGUACGUGAUUACUCUGGACGUACUCCUCUUCAUAUGGCAGCAUAUAGAGGACUGAGUGACAUUAUGUUCCUAUUAUUAGAAAAUCGAGGUGAUGUAAAUGCCAGAGAUCAUCAGGGUCAGAGUCCAUUACAUUGGGCAGCACAAGAAGGCCACUUAGGAGCUGUUAAUACACUACUAGAUUUUAGAGCAUA